UAAGUGAAACUUGGCAUCCUAUCAGGGGUAAGAUUGUAUCUCACCAUCAUUUGGUCUUUUCUACCAUAGACUUACCAUGGAAAAGUAUGGUCCAAAGAAGAGUGUUUUUAAAGACAUCUGAUCAUUGACAGUGAUACCAGAUUCACAAUGGAGGUUCCCCCAGCAAGCAAGUUUGAUAACACCUUUAUGUUUGAGGACAAGUUAGAGAUUGAGCAAGAACUAUUCCCAAGUGAGGACUUAGGGAACCCUUUUCUUCAUGAAGGAGGCUUAGAACAAAUGGCUGUCAUCUAUAAGGAGAUCCCUCUUGGAGAGCAAGAUGUGGAAUGUGAGGAUUAUGAGGGGAAUUUCCGCCUGUGCUCAAGCCCUAUUCCACAUCAGAGCAUUACCCUUGGAGGCAAACCUCAAGAUGAGGAGCUACUUGGCCAAACUUUCCUUCAGAAAUCAGACCCCAGUGUGUGUCAGAUAAUCCACAGUGGAGAAGAGGAAGCAGGCAGGGUGAAGUCACAACUUAAUGCACCUCACAGAAGCCUACAUCCCACCAAGCCCUAUGCUUGUCACGAGUGCGGAAAGGCCUUCAGCCAGAGCUCCCACCUUCUCCGACACCUGGUCAUCCACACUGGGGAGAAGCCGUAUGAGUGCUGUGAGUGUGGGAAGGCCUUCAGUCAGAGCUCCCACCUUCUCCGACAUCAGAUCAUCCACACUGGGGAGAAGCCCUUCCAGUGCCAAGAGUGUGGGAAAGCCUUUCGCCAGAGCUCAGCCCUCACCCAACACCAGAAAAUCCACACAGGGAAGAGGCCCUAUGAGUGUAGAGAAUGUGGGAAGGAUUUCAGCCGGAGCUCUAGUCUCCGAAAACAUGAGAGAAUUCAUACGGGAGAGAGACCUUAUCAGUGUAAGGAAUGUGGGAAAGCCUUUAACCAGAGUUCAGGCCUGAGCCAGCAUCGGAAAAUUCACACCCUUAAGAAACCCCACGAAUGUGACCUCUGUGAGAAAGCCUUCUGUCACAGAUCCCAUCUCAUCCGGCACCAGCGGAUUCACACAGGGAAGAAACCUUACAAGUGUGAAGAAUGUGGGAAGGCGUUCAGCCAGAGCUCCAACCUUAUUGAACAUCGGAAGACCCACACCGGUGAGAAACCCUACAAGUGUCAUAAGUGCGAGAAGGCCUUUAGCCAGAGCUCCUCACUCAUUGAGCACCAGCGGAUCCACACUGGGGAGAAGCCCUAUGAGUGUUGUCAGUGUGGCAAGGCCUUCUGCCACAGCUCCGCACUGAUUCAGCACCAGAGGAUCCAUACUGGCAAGAAGCCGUACACCUGUGAGUGUGGCAAAGCCUUCCGGCACAGGUCGGCCCUCAUUGAGCAUUAUAAAACCCAUACCAGAGAGAAGCCCUAUGUGUGUAAUCUGUGUGGCAAGUCUUUCCUGGGAAGCUCACACCUGAUUAGGCAUCAGAAAAUCCAUGCUGGUAAAAAACUAUAGAAGGGGAAACUGCAUCAUAGCUUGAAGCCUUUAUAUAGCUUUGCCUCUAUGACUCUCCCUGCCUCCCUGAGAAAAAAAGGCCCACGAGGCCCUCCUGGACAGCCCCACCUGCAGGAAGGCAUCUUGCUAAACUUGCCACACUUAGCAGGUUUCUUGCAUGAAAGGAAUGGUGGGACUACAGGGAGGCAAGCCACAGACACAGAGCUGGCUUCAGUUCUCUCAUUCUCACAUUUAACUCCCAAGCCUUCAUUUCACCCUCUCUUUCACUCUUCUCCACAGCCCAAAAGAAGCACAGACAUUGAGGAAAAGAGUUGAGUUAGACUCAGGAAAAUGGCAUUUGAAAUCAGGCCUAAGCCCGGGACUUCCCAAGAAGGCAAAAACAGUGCUCACAGCUGGAGUUGGCUGAAGAAAAUGGAUUCAAAUGUAGAUGUAGUAGAGGGGAAAGGAGAAUCUCUACCUGGGUCAGGCACCAAGGACAAACAAAAUAGGUUAACAGAGCAGAGAAUAUCUGGAGGAUUGCUUUGAGGAUUGAGGGUAGAAGUAUAGGAUCCCAGAGCACAGUCUCACCCUCUUAUUGGAAGGAGGGUGGAUUCUGUCAGAUGCUAUGUCACAAGAGCAGAUGGUGGCCACAAGAUGUUUAUGGCACUGGUGCCAGCUAACAGCUCCUCCCUGAAACCCAGUGUUCCCAAGAUCACAAUGUGCCUUGAGCCCAUUUCUAGUCUGAUGAUUCUACAGGUUCCCCGCUGCUCACCAAUGUAGGGAUGUGGGCAGCUGAUGAUUUGGUGGAAGGGUGUGAUUCAAUCAGAAGGUCUGGGUUCAAAUCCCGCUGCUGCUUCCUCCUAUUAUGUGACCUUAAGUCCUGUAACUUCCCAAGGCUCUGUUUCCUUGUUUGAGGAUAGAAUGUGACCUUUUAUCUCUAAGGGUUGGUGGCUCCCAUUCAGAAUAUAUUCAUGCUCAAAAGUGCUUUGGCAGUAGCAAUCAUGGGUGAUAGCUGAGAAUGGAGACCCUGAGUGAGCUCUGCUCCACAUUCUCUUACUGACCAAAGAAAUGACCUACAUGUGCUUCCUUCUGGACCUCAUCUUGAGACUCCAGGAUGUUUUGUCCAAGCUUCUGUGUUUUUUCUGUUUUCUGGCCAACAGGUUCACAGGAGAGCUUAAAAAGUACUACUGCUUGUGUUUCAACUGGGCCAAUCAGCUGGCAUCCCUGGGUGUGGGCCCCAACAACUGUAUGUUCAAAAAAGCUCUCUGGGUGAUUAUAAGGUACACUUGUGGCUAGGCCUGUGCCUGGCAUUCAGGCAGCAUCUGCAGCUUCCAGUGUCAGCCUGCUCACUCUGACAGAACAGAGCUUGGAGCUGUUCUCAGUUUCCAGCUCCCAGAGUCUCAGGUAUGGGCUUAGGCAAUGAGCUGGACCCAAUGAUAAGCAUUUACUCUAGGCCAAAGGAGCUCUGUCUCUCCCUCUCUCUGGGCUUUAUGUAUAGACAACUGUUCCACCAUGGAGCUGCUUUAAUGCAGUUCUAUUCCCCACCCUUCUGAACCCCCAGAUAGUGGAGAAAGAGGUAGCCUGGCUGUUUUGAAGUGUUAACAAAGUAAAUGGUUGGAAUGACAUGAAUUCGUCAUGAUGCUGGUCAUUUAGCUGAUCAGAAGCUCAGUGCGGCAGUUAUGGCAGCUAUACAUAGUUUUGAUGAAUCAACAUGGGAGAGCUGUUUUUGUUCCUUAGUAAGUGGGGCUUGGUUGGCCAGAAGGUUUGAACUUUGAUGUGUGUGCUAGGUUGGAAAUAUCACAGUGGGAGUCCUGAUCACUUCCGACAACCUCAUGUCAUCUAGAAACCGUUGGACUGUGAAGGCCCCAGAGCCUUCCUUAUAGGUAGUCCUGGCCACUGUCUGCAGUUAGCUAAUAUCCCAAGUCUUUAGUCUUUUGUCAGGAGUAAGGAAAGAAGGAAAGAAUGCUGGGAUAAGAGUUGGAACAGGAGGUAGCAUCAGGAAGGGGCCCCUGAAAGAUCUACCUCCUCACACUCCCAUUCCACCUUAACCAAGGCCUGUCCUUGUCCACUGAGCAUUUGUUACCUAUCUAAGGUCUAUCUGUGGCUGCCUUUUCUACACAUUCCAAACUGAUUUGUUUUUGGGGGGUACCAGUCUGAGGGACUGAACUCAGUGCUCAGGUACUGUCCCUUAGCUUCUUCACUUAAGGCUGGCAUUCUACCAUU